UCAUGGCGCCGCUUCACAGUCGCGCGCUUACUUCUGUGUCGCUGCGCCGCGUGCGCACUUGAUUCGCAUGGGGGGGUGGUGGGGGUCGCCUUGAAAACGAAACAUUUGCGAUUAAACAUUAAAUAACGAGAAAAGUUUCGUGGGGAAGGGUUUUUUUUAUUUAUUUGACGCUUCGUUCAAACACCGAGCGAGCGAGGACGAGCUUCCAGCUUCACGACUGUCGAGCGAGUAGGAGCAGGCGCCCCCAGCCAUGGAGGAGAAAGGCCCACGCGUGGCCGACUACUUCGUGGUGGCCGGCCUGACGGAGGAGUCCAAGCCCCUGGAAGAGGACAUGGCGUUCGCCGAGGGGCGGCAAAAGGCGGUGCGGCGGCGCGACCCCAUCACGGACGUGGCGGUGGUGUGCCGCUCGCAGGGCGAGGAGCCGCCACAGGGCUACACGUGCAUCGAAGUGACCCCGACGAACCUGGAUGCCGACCUCAACCACGGCAGCCUCAGCAGCCCCCAGCUCUACCUGUGCUAUCGGCGUGGCCGCGACAAGCCGCCGCUCACCGAUCUGGGGGUUCUAUACGAGUGGAAGGAGCGCCUGAUGCAGGGCUGCGAGACUAUCCGCACUACGCCGUACGGCCGCCCGGCCAACGUGAACAACAGCGCGCAGCACAUCUACGUGACGUACCGGCGCGCGCACGAGUCCGCCAGCCAGAACGCGCUCGCCGUCACCGACAUCUGCAUCAUCGUCGCCAGCAAGGGCGAGACGCCGCCGCACACCUUCUGCAAGGUCAACAAGAACCUCAACUCUGGCAUGUGGGGUGCCUCUGUGUUCCUGUGCUACAAGAAGUCUGUGGUUCGAGCCAACUCCAUCGCAUACAAAGCCGGCCAGCUGAGCCGCUACCCGAACGAGGACUACGAAACGUUCCCUCUGCCCGAGGCCGUUCCCAUGUUCUGCCUGCCCAUGGGCGCCGUCAUCGAGUGCUGGCCGCCCAAGACCAAGUGCCCUGCACCCAUCUUCUCCACGUUCAUCCUCACCAGCGUCUCCGGAGACAAGGUGUACGGGGCGGCGGUGCAGUUCUACGAGCCCUAUCCCGCGGAGCGGCUCAGCGAGAAGCAGGCCGUGCAGCUGGGCCUGCGCAGCAAAGUCGACCGACGGCCGCUACCGGGCCCGCCGUUCUCUGUCAACACCAACAAGUGCAUCUGCCUGCUGUCGCGUUGGCCGUUCUUCGACGCCUUCCGCAAGUUCCUGCUCUUCGUCUACCGGCUGUCGUUCUCUGGGCCGCACGUGCUGCCCAUUGAGAAGCACAUCUCCCAUUUCAUGUUCCACGUGCCCUUCCCUUCUUCCCAACGGCCACGCAUCCUUGUCCAGCUGUCCAUGCAGGACUCCCUGGUGCUGUCCCAGCCCAUCGCCUCACCUCUACCUCUCAGUGGUGCGUCGUUCUGCACGCUGCUCCAGAACCUGGGGCCCGAGAACGCGGCCACGCUGCUCCUGUUCGCCCUCACGGAGAACAAGAUCCUCAUCCACUCGCUGCGACCUGCCGUGCUCACCAGCGCCGCCGAGGCCCUCAACGCGAUGAUCUUCCCGUUCCACUGGCAGUGCCCCUACAUCCCGCUGUGCCCACUGUCGCUCGCCGACAUACUGAGCGCGCCAUGCCCCUUCAUCGUGGGCCUCGACUCGCGAUACUUUGACCUCUACGAGCCCCCGCCCGACGUCGUGAGCGUCGACCUCGACACCAACACAAUCUCGCAGACGGAGGAGAGGAAGUCUUUGAACUGGCGGCUGCUGCCCAAGAAACCGUGCAAGAACCUGAUGAGCACCCUCACCAACCUCCACCAGCAGAUCGUGGCGAUGAACCACCGCACCAUGGAGGACCCUGUGCUCGAAUCCGGAAUCUUCGACCUGGACUUCAAGCGCCGCGCACGGCAGCAGCAGCUCGAGAUGGAGAUCCAGGAGGCGUUCCUGCUCUUCAUGGCCUCCAUCCUCAAGGGCUACCGCACGUACCUGCGCCCCAUCACGCAGGCGCCCUCCGAGAAGGCCACAGACGCGCGCUCGCUCUUCGACCUGCAAGGCUUCCUGAAGAGCCGCGACCGAGCGUACAACAAGUUCUACUCGCAGAUGAUGCGCACGCAGAUGUUCAUCCGCUUCAUCGAGGAGUGCUCCUUCGUGACGGACAAGGACGCCAGCCUCGCCUUCUUCGACGACUGCGUGGAGAAGGUGGACGUGGAGAAGGCGGACGACGUUCGACUCAUCGAGCUGGACGAGUCGUAUCGCAGCGAGCACACCGUGUUCAUCACUCCUCCAGAGCCGCCCGCCGGCCCGGGGCCCGACGCGCUCAAGCCCGCGUACAAGUACUCGGGUUUCCCGGUGCUGAAUCACUCGCUGUUCGAGAUGCCCCUGGGGCUUUUGAAGGUCCCUCAGGGCUGCGCCAAGAAGAACAGCUGCCCCAACAGCCCCGCCCCAGCGCUCGCUCGCCGUACCAAGCAGGAGAUCAAGUCGGCGCAGAAGCAGGCGCGCAAGUGCUCGACGAUGCCGCAAAUGUGGGCCAAGUGCCUCCUGGGCCACUGCUACAGCCUGUGGUUCAUCUGCCUGCCGUCGUACGUGCGCGUCACGCACCCCAAGAGCCGCGCCCUGCGCACCGCCUACGAUGUGCUGCUGCGCAUGCAGGAGCACAAGCUGGAGCCGCCCGACGAGGUGUGCUAUCGCGUGCUGAUGCAGCUGUGCGGCCUGUACGGACACCCAGUACUCGCCGUCAAGGUGCUCUUUGAGAUGAAGAAGAUGGGCGUGCAGCCCAACGCCAUCACCUACGGCUUCUACAACAAGGCCGUCCUCGAGAGCACCUGGCCCUCCGGAAACCGGGGCGGCUACUUCCUGUGGACGAAGGUCCGGAAUGUGGUGCACGGCGUGGUGCAGUUCCGGCAGACGCUGCGCAAACGCCUCCCGUCGGCCGGUGAUUCACCCACACUGUCAGACGGCAGCGACGCGGGCAGCCACGGGAGUCUGGAGAGCGGCGCGGACGCGCACGGCUCUGAGCACGUGCCCUCCACCAGCGAGCUCACGCACGUGGGCUCGGCCGAGGAUGUCAGCAGCACAGGAGGCCAUUCGGACCAGGGCUACAACUCGCUGUCCAAGGAGGACGCGCAGAAGAGCGAGGCGCUGCUCUCCAUGGCGAGCCGACUCUCGGGCGUGGCGCUGUGCGGCCUGCGACCGGGCGAAGCCCUCCGCGAGAGUGACAGUAGCUCAAUGUCGGACGGAGACAGCCGGCAAGGCAGCCGGGACCAGCUGCCACAGGCGGGCGCGAGCGAUGCCACGGAUGCUGUCGGCGACCACACAGACCUCGAGCACAAACGGUCCAGCUUCCACUCGGUGCGAAGCAUCGUCAAGAUGUCGUGCGGCAGCUUCGACAACUCGGGCAGCAUGGGUGACGUGAUGGGGGGCGCCGGCAGCACGGCCGGGCUGCUCUUCACGAGCCAGGGCUCGUACGACGAACCCUCCUUCCUCGACGGCGCGCUGCCCGCCAGCGCGGGAAGCGGCGGGGGCGGCGGAAGCGGCGGCGGCGGCGGGAAGGGCUCGGCGGGCCGGCGGCGCCAACGAAGCGUCCACGACGGGACGGCGCCGCCCCCCCUCCAGCGGCAGCGGACGCUCGCCGAGCGUAGCUGCGUGCUGGGGGGGCGGCCCGGCCUGGACGAUGCGAUGCCCACGGGCUUCAUGGGCGCCGACGAGAGGAUCCUGACGGCCGCGAUGCGAGCCGAAGGCCGGGUCGACGGCGGAGGCGCCGGGGUGGAAGCGAACGCCGCAGCCAGCACGGACAACCUGGGCUCACAGCACUUCACCACAGAGAAACAACCAAGGCCCCACUUGGAGAAGUCUGACUCUGCUGACAUAUUCAGCCUCGACGACCUGGACUCGGAGCCCGUGAAUCUCGUCGGCCCCUCCAAGUCACAACAGGGCACGAAGACAUCCCCACCGCCGCCCCCUCUACCGCAGGCGCGUUCUCCGCAGAAGCCACAAACCAGGGUCAGCUCCGCUCCGCUGUUGUUGACCAAGGGUGGCGGCAGCGGCGACGCCGGCGACUGCGUCGACGACCCGGAAGCGAAACCGGGGUCGUCGCUACCGGUUAGCACUCGGCCGGCCGAACGCAAGAGCGUGGUGGCGGGCUUCGACCCGCUGUCCCUGCUGGUGGCCGAGACGGAGGACGUGAAGUCCCUGGACAGCUCCGGCUCGGUGCAGUCGCUCGUGCCGUCGGUCCCGCGCAACCUCGCGGAGGAGAUCGAGACGUACAUGACGUCGACGGCCGAGGUCGGCCGCUCGCCCAGCAUGGAGCCGAAGCGCGGCGUGAGGGCGACGCGUCUGGAGCGCCGCUUGAGUCUCCCGUCGCGAUCCCCGCAGCGUGGCGUGCCGCGGUCGCUCACCUUCCCCAACCCGCAGCCCGACGCGGAGGCCAACACAGACCGGGCGCUCGUGAGCCAGAGCUGGGCAAGCUCCCAGCUGCUGACGGGGCCGCGUCUGGACGUGCUCAAGAGCAGCGUGAAGCUGGCGGCCACGGGCGUGGUGGGCGUCGCCAGCAAGUGGUACAACAAGCUGGCGUCCAGCUACAGCGAGCACGGCGUGGAUCCGACGACGGGUCUGCCUCACUCGGAGGCCAGCCCAGGUGACUACGGGGCAGCAGAGAACGAGCGCAGGGUGGACGUUGGCUUCGGGAUGGCGGCAGCCCCACGCCCAUGGGGGACCCCUGGCCUGGUGACGACUCUCACUGGGGGGGAGGAGCACGGCUCUCCCGACGAGAUGCCCGGAGCCGUCGCUGCCUCCGGCUUCCACAUCGGCAACUUACCGGUGGCCGGCACAGGCGGUGCAGCACAGAGGCGAGCCGAAUCACCUUCCGCACGCUACAACAACAGCAGCAGCAGCAGCAGCAUCUUCCAAAACUUCGCCAUGGAGGUCCUCAUCUCGAGCUGUUCGCGCUGCCGAGCGUGCGAGUCGCUCGUGUACGACGAGGAGGUGAUGGCCGGUUGGAUGGCCGACGACUCGAACCUCAAUACCACGUGUCCGUUCUGCGGCUCCACGUUCGUGCCCUUCCUCAACAUCGAGAUCCGGGACAUGCGCGGGCCCGGCAGGAAUUUUCUGAAGCCGUCAUCGUCGAUCGAGAGUGUGCAAGGCGUCGGCACGGCAGGCUUCCACGCGGCGCCACUCUCGCACGGGAGGCCUACCCCCCGUGCCGCCGUGGCCACGGCGAUCGAUCCGCUCAUCACGCUCACCGUGACGCCCUCGCAGGACAGCAGCCCUGCCCCCGAGCAUGGCAAGGCGCCGGCAAGGAGGGUGGAGUCGGUGCCGCUGAGCGUCCCCAUCCCUCGCAGCGCCAGCGCCCGCAGUCCGCUCGCCGACAUUGCGGGGCCCGGCUUGCGGGCGCCGCUCGGCACCUCCACCAUGACGGGCAGCCUGCCCAACAACCUCAACGGCUCGCUGGAGUGCCUGAGCCUAGAGGGUCGCGCCAGCAGCCCCGAGCCCGUGUCGGUGCCCUACCUGAGCCCGCUGGUGCUGCGCAAGGAGCUGGAGUCGCUGCUGGAGAACGAGGGCGAGCAGGUGGUGAGCUCGCCACCCUUCGUCGACCAGCACCCCAUCCUCUUCUGGAACCUCGUGUGGUAUUUCCGACGCCUGGGCCUGUCCAGCAGCCUGCCCGGCCUUGUGCUCGCGUCGGAGCACUGCAACCGGGGCACGCAGGUGCCGCGCAAGCUGCUUUCGCAGGACAGCAAGCUGGUGCUGGUGCAGAUGCUGUGGGACAACCUGAAGCUGCACCAGGAUCCCGGGCAGCCCAUGUACAUCCACUGGAACGCGCAGAGUCUAAACUGUACGCUAAUGUCUGAACGUGAACAGUCGUCGCUGGUGCACGCGCUGGUGACGGACGAGCAGCAGCUGCCGCGCGGCACCCUGCAGAGCAUCGUGACGAGCAUCCAGCACAACGACCUGUACCGCCCGCUCUCGCACGUGCUCGAGAUGCAAGCCAAGCACCCCGCUCACCGCCGCCAUCGCCACCGGAGCCUCUACCGGGAAAUCCUCUUCCUGUCCAUGGUGUCACUGGGCAGAGAUAACGUUGACAUUGACGCGUUUGACCGCGAGUACAAGCGCGCGUACGACCGCCUGGAGCCGCACCAGGUGAAGCUGACGCACAACUGCGACCGGCCGCCCAGCGCCCGCGUCUCCAUGUGCCGCAGGACCAUCGGGGAGCCGCACCUGUGAGCAGCUCGGCAGAGACGGCGUCGACAACACAGCACCGACGGCACGCACCGUGGGGAAAAAGGAGCGUUUUCUUGGCUGUGAAAGAGUUGCAUUUUUAAACGCCGCAUUUUCAGUCUCAUUCGGCGAGCGUCACGAAACGCCGAGCCAAGACGGGGGGGCCCCCCCCCCCCGCCCGCUCGCCGGUUUGGCCACGAUCCGGGCGACGGAGAAACUUCGACGGUGCCAACCGCCACGGAGAAUCGAUCACCGACGACCUCGACUCGGGUUUUCUUGCCGUCACCUGUUUGAGCAAUAGAAGAGAAGACUGCGGGCGCAGGACAGUGGAGCGGCUGACGCGCCUGUUCGGCGAUUUUGUUUUCGAGGUUUAGUUAUUUUUUUCCGGUCGAGUUUUCAGGCACUGAUCAACAGCCGCCCGUGUGAAGAGUUGCGCUCUCGGCACCUGCGCGUGGAAUGAAACAACGACUCCGACGGAAGCCCUCUUGACGACACCUCGCAGCGGGAAUUAGUGGUGAAUAAAACACACAGAGCGCUGAGGAAACGACCUUCCCUCGAAGAAGUUCGUCUGGAUCGCUGAUCUGUAAAAGACUCGGUCGGGGCGGGAGGGGGGGGUGAGGGAAUAUUUACGGCGUCUCGGUUAUCGCCAUGUCCAGCACCAUGGCAGGAUAAUGAAUGCGGUUGCGGUUGUGCGACUUUCAAUUUGUGUUUGUAAAUCUCCCUUCACUGCAUAUCUGUUGGCGGUCGCACACGGCCGCCAUGCACUUGUGACAGCAAGUGGAGGCCCUGUGGAGUUGUAGGGGGGUCACCAAGAGACCCCACCGAGACCUCGGGACUCCCAUGAAGGUCACGCGGCCCUCUAUUCAAACGAAGGAAAUUCGCGGACCAUCAGAACCCCCCCCCCCACAUCCCACCCUCCUCCACCUGCCUGUUGAACACGGCUGUACCUUGUUACACACUGUGAUGGACAUGCCAAGGGCUUUCAGUCGUCGGCGUGUCGGACGUUCGGGGGCGGCGAGGGCGCUUGGGGUGCUUGUGCUAAUUAGUUUUAUCGUGAACGGUACUCUUAGAGAAUGUAUCUACGGCAUUAUGCACACAUUACACUGGAGGUGUGGUGAGCGUCGUUCCGGCGAGCGUGUCCGCGUUGCCGUCGGUCCCCAUUUCUCUUUGCGGUACGUUCCACAGGGGCGGCGAUUUGCGUGAAACGGUGUACCCUAACCCCGAACCCCCCCGGCACUCGCUACAGAGCCCGGUCGCUCCGCACGACAAGCUCGUCACUUGCCCAACCGUCCGUGAACACCUCCUGCUUCAGAGAAUUUGGGUUGGGGGCGGAGUUGGGGUGAUGUGAAGGAACGCUCGAUCGGAUGCACGCGAGUUGUCGUACGCGAGGCGACACCUCGCGUGUGCUUUCCCACCCCGCUCACCUUGCGAUGACCGUCCCUGCCUUCGACCCAUCCUGGGCUCUAAGCCAGGACUUCUAUCAUGGGGGAGGGGGGGGGGUAGACCUCUCUUUCCCUGGUUAUUAGUCAGGUGCUGAUGGAUGGCACACAUGGGGUGUAGGAUCCAGCCCUGGCCAGGACUGUUGCCGCCGCUUGCCACUGCUGUUGAUCUCACGAAGAGCUUGAACGUCUUGGCCAUUGUGAACUUGAUAUCGGACGUAACCCUGUGGACUCGCCACAGGGCACCGUGAACAGCUAGGGGGAAGGCAAGCACAGACGUGUCAUGCUGCUCGCGAGCUGGUCUGGUAAUUCUCAACCCACUCGCGAUUCAUGGUCACAAUCGGAUAGAAAGAAAAUUAAUCUUUUUUUUAAACAAACAUUGUGGUGAAUGUAGCAGCCUGAGUUGGGGGUGGAGGGGAACACGUGAAGCCAUUGCAACGUACGCACAUCGGAGAACACCGAGUCUCGGCGAUUCAUCGCGCAUCUUGAAAACCGAUAUCAACCCCCGCGAAUGGUUCCACCCCGACUGCUCGCAGUCCAGCCGGUGUCGUGAACGAAAAGCGUUUAUAAGCAUUUUCAGAAACAAAACUACGUGUCAUGAGCUCGUUCGCCUUAGGCUUCAUCGAUUUGGACUGGAGCUGAGCCGCGGUCAUCGGCUGCCUGUUUCUCGCCAAAUACGACUAACGGUGCAUCUUUUGUUUAGCAAUUGAGCGAGUCGCGGGCGCUCAUCCGCUCUCUGCGUGUUGUGAUAUGACGCUCGCAUCGGGUCUUUUUUUUUUCUUUCUCUUGGGGUUGUCUUUUCAUUGUCGCCCCAAACCUCGUAAUAAUAUCGACGCAUCCGCUUUGCUUUUCGUCAACUGGAAGUUGAAGAAACUUGACGUGGGUCUGUUACCGAUUCGAGAGAAGUGCGUCGGGUCGAUGUUGUUGUUGUUGUUGUUGCCGUUAAGGUAAAUAUAGCUGGAUCGGAAGACGAGUUCGUCAUACUCUUGAAAAGAACACAUUGGCUCCCCCCCCCCCCCCCCCACACAGCUGUAGUUGAACAUUCCAUGAUUUGCUGUUAAAUGAGCCCCGUGCUGUUCACUUUAUAAUUUUCGCUGUUUUAUAAACAAGCCGCAUUACACUGUCGUGAUAACAAAAAAAUAAACCCAUGUUUUUAAUAUAGAUUACAGUUCCUCCCCCACUGUUUCGCUUUAAACGUACGAAUGUAUAUUUCAGAGCCUUUUUUGGGGUUUUUUUUUUGUCUCUGGUCACUUAAAUUUCAAGCUGUUUUGGAUGAUAUUAGAUGUUUACAAUAUUUGAAAUGUACCCUAACUCGCUGCAAUAAUGGUUUGUGGGCUCUUCUUGCCGACGCAUCACAGAGCACUUGUAACGUUUGUAUCGAUGAGAAUAAUUUCCUCUUUGAGAGCAUUAGCAAACCAAGCAAUGUUGACCGCUUCGUUCCGACGUGUUCCAUAUCGAUGCGUUUUAUUAUCGAAUCCGCUUAGAAACAAAACUAUUGAUCUGUUGUGUACAGAAUCCUUGAGUGAGGUACGAUUGUAUUAUGAUGCUGUAUAAGUCCAAAGUGUAUUUUAUUGUAUACUGAAGGUGAAUUGCCCAUUUGUAGUCCAAAACUUAACCACUGUAUUUAGUUUUUUUUAUUAGAAUUUGCAUCGUAGCUGAAGGGUUGACGCACCCCAUUGCACCACUGCCAGCUCCUCACUGCUGUGUUGUUGGAGGGAUGUGAAAUUCUAAAGGGGGUUGUCCCACGUUAUAGUUUGACCUCUAGAGAAUGCCUUAAGCACCUCAAAUAAUCUGGUAUCUGUCGAAACUGCUCUCCGAGAGAACCUCGCCAUCCACAAAGUGGCACCCACAGAUUUGAAAUGCACGUAACCUUGGACCCGCGAGCCGUAGAGACAGUGGCUGCUGGUAAGACACCUCGGCUGCAUGGCCCGCGUUUUCCUGAUAGCAGUCGUAGGGAGCGGCAGUGUAGCGGUUGGCGCGCUGCGAACCAUGCUACCUGGGUUCAAUUCCCAGCCACGGUUGACCUUAGUGGCGGACGAUACCUGAAUCUGUCCUGGGCCUCCCCAAAGUUUACUAGGCUUUAAAUUAGUACCUGGCUCUGUAUUUCUAUCAGCGCUGGUGUUUUGGAGGUGGUGUGUCUUCAUAGGUGCUCGCUAACAUCACUUGACCCAACAGUCUUUGUGGGCCACUUGGGAGAUGUUUGUCUAUGAUACGAGUUUGAAGUUGUAUGAAUAAGAAGCAAAAACACAUGGGAAGUGAUAUCAACAGUUGGUCAAUGUACCCCAAAGAUUGAAGCGAUAUUUUUUUUGGGAAUAUUUUUGAAAUGUAUUCAUUUGCACACCAUGAUGGCAGUCAUCUCAUGCCUCCCAUACAAUCUUAAUCAGCGCACUAAUAUCGGUCCACAGGGCGUUGGUGAUGUGCUUGACUACAACUUUCAAGUAUUUUUUCCCCUCAUUGACGAAGCUUUAAACUCUAUCCAACAGCCUGGGACGGAGCCUAGGGACACAUCAUAAAAAAGCUUCGUGGUUUUUUUUAUGGCAUCUUGAAGACACUACAAUGCCACAAAUAUCGGCUGCCCGUUGCCGUUUUUUGCCCAUUUGAACUGGGACAUCUACGGCCAGCGAAGCCCCUUUUGUAAACCGACGAGGCAUCUGUCCCCGCAGCAGACAUCGCGUCUCUGUCAUGUGGCACAGUUUCUCUGUUGUCAAUUCGUGGCGAGGGGGGGGGGCGGAUGCAGUUCGCUCCCCUCGACUGAGAAUCGAACUGAUGUUUUAAAUUUAUUGUAGUGCAAAUAUUCGAUCUUGUCGAGCUUGCCCCUCCGAUGAUGAUGAUGGUGGUUUGUGUCAGGUGAUGGGAGCGUGAGUUUAAUAAUGCUCCUAUGGACUCAAAAUGUGUGCGACUGGUUUUUAAUAUUAUUACUGGAGGGGAUUAUGGAAGCCAGGCGCACAGAAUGACCAUUUGCUGCUGUUGCUGCUGCCCACUCUGGUUGGCGUGGGUGCAAGUUGGUGAACACUCGGGUCCUGCUCGAUACUUUAUUAAAGAUUUGGAAUGUUCACUGUUGCCCGGGGCGGUUUUGUUUUGCACGCGUAGUAACAUUUGUAAACUUUUCGGCAUAUCCAGUGCGUGGGCGCACCGAUGAUGCAUAUGCAAAUAAAAUUAAUACGUGAAUUGAA